CGGCGCCCCGGAACGGAAGUGGCAGCCCCGUGCCCAGCCCCGUGCCCAUCCCUGCUGCCAAGAACCGGUGCUCCCCGGCCCUCCCGCCUUCUCCCCACCUCACAUUGCUCAUGGGUUCCCCAGUGCCGGCCCCGGACCCCUCCCAGCGGCGGCCGUCCAGCCCAGGCCACCGGCACGGAGCCAUGACCACCGACUCGUGGGCCCUGGCGGUGGACGAGCAGGAGGCGGCGGCCGAGUCGUUGAGCAACUUACAUCUGAAAGAAGAGAGAGUCAAACCAGAUACCAAUGGUACUAUUGUCAAAUCCAAUGAAAAUGUAGAAAAGACAGAUGAAGAGGAGAAAGAGGAUAGAGCUGCCCAGUCAUUGCUAAAUAAGCUGAUCAGAAACAAUCUUGUCGAUAACACCAAUCAAGUAGAGGUCCUCCAGCGGGAUCCAAAUUCCCCCCUCUAUUCAGUGAAGUCUUUUGAAGAGCUGCGGCUGAAACCUCAGCUUCUACAAGGAGUCUAUGCCAUGGGUUUCAACCGACCAUCUAAAAUACAAGAAAAUGCAUUACCUAUGAUGCUUGCUGAACCCCCACAGAACCUGAUAGCCCAGUCUCAGUCUGGUACUGGCAAAACAGCUGCAUUUGUCCUGGCUAUGCUCAGCCAAGUGGAACCUUUGAAUAGAUACCCCCAGUGUUUGUGUCUCUCACCGACAUAUGAGCUGGCACUUCAGACAGGAAAGGUGAUUGAACAGAUGGGCAAAUUUUAUCCAGAACUUAAACUUGCUUAUGCUGUUCGAGGCAAUAAGUUAGAAAGAGGUCAGAAGAUCAGUGAGCAGAUUGUAAUUGGUACCCCUGGCACAGUUCUGGAUUGGUGCUCCAAGUUGAAAUUCAUUGAUCCCAAAAAGAUCAAGGUGUUUGUUCUGGAUGAAGCUGACGUGAUGAUAGCUACUCAAGGCCAUCAGGAUCAGAGUAUCCGCAUCCAGAGGAUGCUCCCUAAAGCUUGUCAGAUGCUGCUUUUCUCUGCUACCUUUGAAGAUUCCGUGUGGAAAUUUGCACGAAAAGUUGUCCCAGACCCAAACAUCAUCAAACUAAAACGAGAGGAAGAGACAUUGGAUACCAUUAAACAGUAUUAUGUGAUGUGCAAUAAUCGAGAUGAGAAGUUUCAAGCCCUUUGUAAUCUUUAUGGGGCCAUCACUAUUGCUCAAGCCAUGAUCUUCUGUCAUACCCGCAAAACAGCUGGUUGGCUGGCAGCUGAACUGUCCAAAGAAGGCCACCAGGUGGCCCUCCUGAGUGGCGAAAUGAUGGUGGAACAGAGAGCUGCUGUGAUUGAGCGUUUCCGAGAGGGCAAGGAGAAAGUGUUGGUGACUACCAAUGUGUGUGCUCGAGGAAUCGAUGUUGAACAGGUGUCUGUGGUUAUCAACUUUGACCUGCCAGUGGACAAGGAUGGGAAUCCAGACAACGAGACGUACCUUCAUCGGAUUGGGCGCACGGGGCGCUUUGGCAAACGAGGCCUGGCCGUGAACAUGGUGGACAGCAAACACAGCAUGAACAUUCUCAACAGAAUCCAAGAACAUUUCAAUAAGAAGAUAGAGAGACUGGACACCGAUGAUCUGGAUGAGAUUGAGAAAAUAGCCAACUGAAAAGCAUUGGCUAGAGUUGACCUACACCCUCUGGAUGUGCAUCUUCAGCUCCAUUUGGACUGUUUUUUUUUUUUUUUCCAAAUUGGCACAAUUCUCAGCCAGUCACCAAAAAGGACUAAGGCGGGAAUACAUAGAAAUUACCUACCUCAUUUCAAAUUACGUUUGGACUUGACAAAAAAAAAAUUGUGCAAAUAAUGGAGGGUAGUAGAAAGAGAAAAAAAGUUUACAUGAGCUCGUAAGAUUAGGCAUGAAUACACAGAAAUUACCUUUUUGGCAAAUUUCUUUCUUAUUUAAAGUUUAUGUGUACUAAUUUUAAAUGUAAACUAAGGACUUGUCAAAGCUUUAGUUAGUCUCUGACUCUUGGUCCCCUUGUGGUAGCAUAUAGAUGUCUCUUCUUUUGCCUGGGGUAGGCAUAUAUUAGUGUAUGUACCUGUCUGCAUCUUCUUGCAAAAUUGACAUUGUAGAAGUGAGGAGGAAAGUGAGUAGUAGGAGCUAUAUAGUGCCAGCCACCAGGGCAGAGCCAUCCUUCAGUCUUUGAUUGGGUGGGAUAAGGGAAUCAGAUGCAUCUUAUGAGUUAAGAUUUCCUAGGCUAGGAUGAUGGAGCAAAUCUGGCAUCCCUUUACCUUUGCUAUUUCCAAUCGGGCAAAGCAAGAAGGAAUUGGCUAAAGAUUGACAAGUACUUAAAUUUGGAGCCUUUUUUUGCAUUUAGGUUUCUUUCCCAGGGUCCUAUCUUAACCUCUCUCUCAGGAUGCACUUAAGGGACUGACUGGUAUACUGGCAUGAGUCAGUAUAAAUGCUGGUGUAGCAUUGUAGGUGCCAUUCUACUCCAUAUGGCUGUUUUGCUGGUGUCUGGUAGACAGUAUCCUUCUAGCAUCCCUAAAAUGCCCAGGAUCCUUCCCCAGUAACAAAUGGUCUUGGAUCUGUUCCUCUUCAGCGGAACCAAACACUAAAGUCUCUGCUUCUGUGACUAGGCUGGAAAAGUCAGAAGGAAGUAUUUGAAUGAAAUUGGAAGAGACCAUGGACACCAUGGCCAGCAGUGGCCACAUAUUGUCAUUCUGGCAUUGCUGUCCAGAUCUAAAAGGUAAGGCUUAGGAGGAAUCAGCCAUGAUAUAAGAUAUCCUUUCCAAAUAUUUAUUCUGAUUUGGUGACUGAGGCGGUUAGUAUAUAAAUGCCUGCAGUCAUAAUAGAAGUGGACUAGGCAUGCCCUUUUGAUGACCUGUUUUAUCUCCAGGCCUAAUUUCAGGCUUAUAUUUAUACCUUACUCAUCAGUGAUAACCAAAAAACCACCCUGGGGCCAUCUGGCACUGAAAUUUUUACACUGGUAAUAGUAAUUUGCUCUUUAUGUUAUCUGAACUGGACCGUAUAGCCUCUUUCAAAAAUGACAGGACAGGAGCAGUGUGGAGCCCUAACAAGGAUUAACAGCUGUCUGUGUGCUCCAAUGCUGCCAUCUUCCUGUGUCCCCAGAAUUGGAUAUUUCAAUGUAGAUUUUUCUUCUAUAGGGUCCUUCAAGAAGAAAAAUCCCUAUUCUAUUGAAAAAUAGCCCAGACUGGUGUUUCUCAAAAUAGCAUGGCCUUCCUAAGCUUCUCACAUCCAAAGAAAGGACGGGGGAGCAUAGCUGUUCGGUGGACACAAGGCAUUUUGGUGGUCCUGAUUUCCUAAACAAAAGAGAUCCAAAGGAAAGGGAGGAAGAACCACUACAGCUUUUCCAGAAAUGCUGCUGCUUCUCUGAGCCCACUUUCUCAACCCCAAAGGAGUAGUUAUUUUUACCUUUGAAGAAUUGCCCCAGACACCAGAUACACUCACUAUAAAUGGAUUCUGAGCUCCUCUAGCUAGGGUGGUAGAUGUGCAAGACUGUAUCUAUGACGUCUGCUCAUGGCACAGUUUGCUUUAUAGGUGUCCCCGUCUGUUGGGUUAGGAAGCUUCUUUCUCUCCUGUAUACUGUUGGUGAGAGGUGCAGCCGUAGGAUCCUUUGAUAGCAUCUCCAGUCUGAGAAUGGGCAUAUCUUAAUAUCUGCUCUUUUGAGUCCUAAUCAGUAUAGGCUGCGCUUAGAUAAGAAAGCUGAUCCAUCAUCUUCAGCCUUUCAGUUGAUCUUUCUGAACAUUUUUUCUUGACUUCCUUGAUGCUUUUGGUCCCAUUUUCCUUCCUUGCCUUUUUGCCCAACCCCAUUCUUAAACACAAGAGAAUUUCAAGCUAAUCUUUACCUUUCCUCUUCAUAGGUGAAGCUAAACGGACAGAAGGAUGCUUUGGUUCAGUUGGGUUGAGAUCAUUGUCUAACCUGACGGAAAUCUGGUUAAGGGAUAGGGAGAACAGGCUUCCUGCUAGGGUGUUGAAUGUCUCUCCCAACAUAUAUCUCAGCUGCUAUUUUAUCUUGCACAUCUAAGAGAGAAAACAGUAGAGGACAAGGGCCAGUGAGCCUCCAAAGGAUUCUCUAGCAGGAGGGAAAUUGGUCUAGGAGGGGUGACUGGAUCUGGUCUUUUUUCUCCCUUGAAUAGUAUGUGCUGCUCCUUUAUUGUUGGUUUCUUAUCUUCACCUUUUCUGUCAAGCUUCUUCAGAGGGCCCAGGAACUGUGGACUAUUGCUACCUCCAUGUGGAUGAUGGCUUUCUUAAUGAAAUCUGCUAAGGCAUUGUAGGGCAGGAGCAUAUAUGGCAGGGAAGAGAGAAAAAUGAAUACAGCAGUUCGGAUCAGUUUCUGCUUCUGACCUGUGCCUUUAAGCAGAGUUGCUAAUUAGCCCUGGUUAGAACUCUGUAUGUGCUGCCUGUCAAUAGAAAAAUGUCUUCAUUGGCCACUUGAGUUAUCAUAUAUGACUGUAUGGAUAAGAAAUGCCUAAUUGUAUGUCCAUUCCUUGCUUUGUUAUAGUGAUAGAUUUUAACCAAUUAUGAAUAAAAUGUUACUAAGUUUUUUUUUAAUUUGUCAAUAUAGGAAGAUAGGGAACAACAUAGUCUUGGUUGCUGGAUUUUAUUUCAUUAACUCUCUGCUGUUGACUAGUGUUGACACAUAGCUUUUGAGAUUUGUGUAUCUGCUGAAAUUAUUAUUCUGUACCUUUAACUCUAGGGUGGCCACUGUAUCAAAGACAUAAUUCACAGAAACUCAAAUCACAAGGACGUUUUGGUCAACCCCUUUUGGGGGCCUUACAUUCCUGAUGUCUGAUUAAAACAAACAAAAGGAUAUUGGCGCUGCAAGUUCUUCAGGAAAAAAAGGCAUUUAAAGCAAAAUAAAACAUCGUGAUGUUCCACCUUCUCAGCCCAGGGAAUGGAGAUGGAUGAGGCUUCAGGGUUGUUUUAUUACUACUUAUUUUUUUUUUUAAAUUAACAUCAAGACUGUUGUAUAAUGGUCCAGGAAUUGAGAGAAAUUUUUUUUUUAAAUUGUGAGAUUAGUCAGGGAAGACUUCAUGAAAGAGGUGAAUUUUGAAUUUGUUCUUGAAAGAGCAGCAUAGAGUUUGGAGUAACAGGAACUGGAAGGGCAUGCUAAGCAGACAGAUGCUGAGUCCGUGCGGAGCUAAUGAGAGAAGGAUAAACAUGGGGUUUAUACUGAGUGAAUCCUGGAGAACAGAUUAGAUAUACGAAGUAUAAAACCUUAUCGAGGCAGAGGAAUUGGAACUUGGUAGUUGGUGGGAAAUCAUAAAUCCUUAAGGGAGUAAAAUGAUGGGCUUGGUCUUCUAGGAAGAUUAAUAUGGAGAAAAUGAGGGUCAGCCGCAGAGGUCCUGGUCUUACACAUAUGUAUGUGCUCAGUAUCUCACUGAUGCCUUGGCCUGAUAAGCUCCCUUGAUGUUGGGGCCUACUAGGGGAGAAGACCUAACAAUAAUAGCUUUAAUUGCAGAGUGGAGGAGAAAUUGAGGGAAGCCUUUCAGGUACAUUUUAGCUCUCAGACCCUCAGAUUUUAAAUACUUUAACCCCCUUCAACUUUACUUUCAACUGAAGGAACCUAAGUGGGAGGGAAGGAAAGGCCAGCCUGAGGACCUUCCUUGUAAGUAGCCUUGUGUCCCAGCAUUGGGAGUGAGGGCAUAAGAGAUUGUCAAAGGGGUAUUUUCUGCACUCCAGGAGCUUUUUGAACUUUUUAGGACCCCUAUCUAGAGAUGAAUACUUUUGGGUUAAUUGCACUGCAGUGUGACUAGACCUCAGCUCUCCACACAAUUUACUGAACUAGAGGAGAUAAGAGAAUAUCCAGUCUAUGGGUUCUGUUACCCCAGGAACUGCAUGCUCUUUGUUGUACCUCUGAACCUGUUUAUUAUUCCUCCUCGAAACCAGGAAUGAAUGAAAACUCAACCACAUUUUUUAUGCACAGAAACACUUUGGUUAAACCAAAGGCCUGUCUCUGCAUUGAAUUCCAGGGGAGGAUUCCAUUCCAGGUCAAGAGAAACACUUGGAUGGUUUGCUUAGGAUGCACUCAGCCAUGCCAGCCCAAUGGAAGUAGGCCAAUUCUCAAUGAUGUGUUGGUUGUUAAUUUUAUUAACCUAUAAGCUGAACUGAAUCAUACUGUGACAGACAAAUGUUUUAUUUUUUGAACAAUACAGUCAAUGAUUUUUCACUUCUCUGGACAGUACUCCCUUGUGUCAUUCAUUGUUGCCUUUUUCUGAACACCUUGAGUCCUGGAGGGGAUCUUGGCUAACUUCUGGCCCUGCAAAGUACAGAAACUGACAUAGUUACAAGUGAAUCUCGCUACAUGCCCCAUCAAUCAAUCUCUCUGGGCGAGUCAGUGCUAAUAGUUUUCUUAGGCUAUCUGUUCACAUUUAUGUGCCAAAUACAAAGCCACUCGGAAAUACUUCCCAAAUUUAAGUAACCUAGGCCUUCUGCUUUGGAGCAUGCUAGAGAGUUAAGAUGUCAUGUAGAAUAAUAAGUUAGAUUGGGAGUAUUUUAUUCUGGAGUCAUUUGUGGGGACUGCCUUCUUAAAAUGUCAAGUUUAUUUAUCCAGUGAAAGUCUAGUCUUCAAACUCAUAGUGGCUUUUAUUUAUAGAAUGGGUUGUAUAUGAGCAGUGAAAAGAUCAUUUAGAUUUCACAUCUGUCACGUGUUUCCUGAACCUACUGCUUGAGAAAUCCCAUAUUUCCUCUUAGUGCCCCAUUUCACCCACUAUAAGAUGGUUUGUGAAAUGUUUUAUUUAUCACUCUUCAGAAGCUUUACAAGUGUGAAUGAAUUAAUAGAUUGUAAGCUCCUUGAGAGUAGGGAUUGUCUCAGUCUUUGUAUUCCCAGCACAGUGCCUGAUACAUAGUAGGUGCUUAAUAAAUGUUGAUUGAUUUAUUG